AUGUUCAGACCGAGAAGAAAGUCGCCCUCGGAACAACAGACGGCAUCCUUGGCCUCAACGAGGACUGUCUUUAGCGUUAUCCCCCCGGAUGACGAAAACCCCGUACCUGGUAAGAACCAGUUCUCCAUCGCCGCGAGCGCUAGACUCCAGCCGGACAACGAUGUCGUUGGCGUAUCCCGCGGCAUUGACCUGGGGGAGGGCAUCACCCCGGCGCCCAUCAACUGCGUUCCCCUCCAGGCGGGUCCGACGUACACCAUUGCUGUCAACAAUGCCGUCUACGUCAAGACCGCCACUCUCAACAAACCAUCUAUUCAGGCUUCUCUUGAUGACGACAAGACUGCUUUCAAACUGCAGUUCCCUUGCGGCAAGAAGAAAGCGACUGUCGUCGAGGAAAUCAAUGGCAACUUUAGCGUGACCUACGCACGUGGCGGUGAUAACUGA